UUUUAUAUUAGAAAAUGAUCUCCCACAGAGAGUUAGAGAAUAAAGAGGAAGAGAAAGGACGAAGGGGAGCUCAGGGUAUCAACAAUUUCAUCUCAGCAUGGAACACCAAGAGAUUGACAACUUACAAGCAGUGGAUACAAACAAAACUGGGGAGACCAAGAAAAAGGAGCCAAGUAUGAAGGCCAGAAUUCAGAGAAAUCAACAUGCAAGAAAGAAUUGGAAGAUCAAAUUGAAGAGAAGAAAGUUGGAACAGAUGGGAGCAAAUGUUGAAGAAGAAAAGGAUCAGAUGGUUCCAAAUGUUAAUAAAAUUGUUUAUAGAGACUUCUCAUUUCUAAAAAAUCUUCUGGAGAGAACUGCUUACAGUGAGGAAAAGGAAGAGAAAAUCAAGUGCUUACAAGAGGAAUCGAAAGAAAACCCAGGGUCUCAUCCUUCUAAUGAGGUUAUUGUGGAGGAAAACCAGCGGACAAUUUCGGAAUUCUGCAAGAAGGAAAAUUUGGUUCUUCCGGCAGAUGAGGUUGGGGGUGAAUCAAGAAGAUCUUCAUCUAUCUCCCAAGAAGAUCUGGAAGAACUAAUGACUUCCGUCAAGAAAGAUCCAUAUCUGAAAUCUAUUAUAGAAGAUAUUGAGACUGGUGGUCCAACUGUAAUGAUGAGGUACUUGAAUGAUUCAGAAAUUACGAAGAAGUUGGCACUAGCUAUGGGUUUUGGAGUUUUAGUAGGGUACAGUGUUAAUUCAGUUGAACGUAAUGCACCAAAUGCUGAUGCAGAAGAUCAAACUGCCAAACAGGCUUGAGGCAAUUGUUCAUUUCUUUUGGCUAAUUCUUUUUCUUGCUUAAUUCUUUUGGCUAUAAUUUGGUACCCAAUAUUGUAUGUAGUUACAUUGUCUCCUUAAUGAUGAUUCAGUGAAGAUCACAGACCUUAGACUCCACUUCCAUAGAAAAAUAAAAGAGAAACACGAAACAGGGGAGGAAGAU